GCAAUACAUUACUAUAAAUGAUUUUAUGGAUAGCAAUGAAUAGUUGAUGUGAAAAAUAUUUGGCCCUUUUAGUAUCUUGUGGAGAUUAAUAAAAAAACAAAGGCACCUUGCUACAGGGGUAUAUUAAAAAAAUACUGUUAAAAAAGGUGGAGGUGGCUAUUCCAAUAAGAAGCCUCUUUUUCCUAGUGAGAUUCUCAGCAACUUCAAAGAUGGAAGCUCUUGAUGUUCUUCUUGUACGGUGGCAGAGGACUGGAUUUUCGGCUGCAGAAGUUGCAGAGAAGUUUUCAGCAUGCACCCUUUAUGUGACAUGUGAACCAUGCAAAAUGUGUGCAGCAGCAUUAUCGAUCAUUGGUUUAAAGGAAGUAUAUUAUGGCUGUGCAAAUGAUAAAUUUGGAGGCUGUGGCUCAAUAAUGUCGUUGCAUUCAAGUAGCUCUGAGGCACACAUUAGUAUUGGGAAUUCUGGAUCAAAGGGUUUCAAAUGCUGUGGAGGUAUAACGGCAUCAGAAGCCAAUUCUCUUUGUUAA